AGUGGCCAUGAGUUCAACCAUAGAGAGAAAUCAAGAAACCAGCAGCCAUAUCAUUCUUGAUGCUGGUGGCUUUUAUCCAUCUCUUCAAUGUCUCAUCAAAUAAAGAAAACCAGUAAUAGAAAGCAUAGAACCAGUUGCUUUCUGGGUUGUUUUGGAUUUUUAGUUAAGGAUGAUGAGGAGAAAAAGAUAUCUGGUGGCGUCAGUGGUGGUGGCGGAAAAGACGAAUAUGGUGGCCGAAGAAUUUCCCGGUAUUGGUUCAGAAGAAUGAAAAAACCGUCAGCUAAAACUGUUCCCGUGAACGUCGUCUCCAAAUUUGCCCCAAAGUUGAGGUCAAGCAAGGAAAUUCAUGUUCUUGACAAAGAUAUGAAUAUGUAUGCUACAAGUGAUCAUCCUCCGGCCGCGGCUGGUACUAAUCUCAACAUGGUUAUGGCAGCAGAACCUGAUCAAGUUGGCAUCCACAAAUCUAGUGAGGCCAUGACAGAUGAUAAUGGUGAGCACAUCAUCCUUGAAAAGAUCAAAAGUUUGGGUGGAGAAAAUGGGACAAUUAGAUACCAUGUUAGCCGGUCAAAAACUAGUCAGCAACUCUCAAAAUCAGUGGCUGGACAAGGAAUUUACGGGCGUGGAUCAAAUGAAAAUGAUGCAAAAUUUGGGUCACUCGUUGCGAUAUCAAUUCUAGUGGCAAUACUAGGAAUUAUGUUAAUUUGGGGCAAAUUAUGUGCCAUUCUUUGCACGGCCAUAUGCUUUUAUAUCAUCACUAGUUUUCGAACGCAGCAAGAAAAUGAAUUCGACAUGAAAAGGGAUUCAUCAAAGGAGUUUGAUGAAUCAAAUUUCAAGGAGUAUAAUAAGAAAGUCGUGUUCCAAGGAUUUCUUGAGCGAUCAAAUCAAUGCAAGUAAACUCAUCAACUUUUUUGGUAUUUUUGUAAGUAUGAAUUUGGUCUGUCAUUUGCAUAUAGUCAACUUUUAUUUUUUAUUAUUUUUUUCUUUCUCAA